AUGGACUCCGACUCCGAGAUGCCCGUCGCUAGCGACGAGGAGAUGGUGGACGACGAGGACUACUACUACUACAGCGACGAGGGUGAGGGCGACGACGGGGACGCCAGCGGCGGCGGCGGCGCCUCCGGCGACGAGGAUGUAUCGGCUGGAGACUACGAGGGCCGGGAGGCCGAGGGGAGCGACGAGGCCGUCUCCACGCGCGAGCAGAGAUACAUUGUUUUAACCGAAAAGGAUAUAUCUGAACGCCAAGAGGAAGAUAUAAGCGAGGUAUCUGCAUUACUGUUGAUUCCAAGGGAAGAAGCAUCUGUCCUUCUUCACCACUAUAAAUGGGACAUCAGCAAGGUGAAUGAUGAAUGGUUUUCUGAUGAAGACAAAGUCCGUGGUAUUGUUGGCUUACUUGUGAAUGGAACUGAUUUUCAUAACUCGAGGAAGUUGUUUUGGUUGCAGCUAACUUGUGGAAUAUGUUUUGAAGGGUACUCUUCAGAUAUGAUGAGUUCUGCGGGCUGCGCUCAUUUUUAUUGCCAUGAAUGUUGGGAAGGUUAUAUCAGCGCUGCUGUAAGUCAGGGUCCGGGAUGUUUGUCAUUGCGAUGCCCUGAUCCAUCGUGCAGUGCUAUUGUUCUUCAAGGCAUGAUAAAUAAGUUAGGCAAACACGAAGAUAAAGAGAAGUACGCACGAUUUGCCUUGCGUGCAUAUGUGGAAAGUCGCAAGAAGACGAAAUGGUGUCCAGCUCCUGACUGUACAUGUGCAGUGGAAUUUGUUAGUGAUGUAAACUAUGAUGUCUCAUGUAACUGCACAUUCCGAUUUUGCUGGAAUUGCACAGAAGAAGCUCACAGACCAGUGAACUGUGAGACUGUUUCUAAGUGGAUUCUGAAGAACAGCGCUGAAUCUGAAAAUAUGAACUGGAUACUGGCUAAUUCUAAGCCCUGUCCAAAAUGCCAACGACCGAUAGAGAAGAACCAGGGAUGCAUGCAUAUGACUUGCACACCUCCUUGCAAAUUUGAGUUUUGCUGGUUAUGUCUGGGUUCAUGGGUAGAACAUGGUGAGAGGACUGGUGGCUUUUAUGCUUGCAAUCGCUAUGAAUCGGCAAAGAAAGAAGGAGUUUAUGAUGAGGCUGAAGCAAGGAGGGAAAGGGCUAAACACUCACUCGAGAGAUAUAUGCACUACUAUGAACGCUGGGCAUCUAAUCAGACAUCGAGGCAGAAGGCAAUAGCAGAUCUGCAAAAGGCGGAAAAGGAACAACUUGCAAAGUUAACUGAUAUUUAUGGAAUACCGGAGACACAACUGAAGUUCAUUAUUGAAGCUUGGUCACAGAUUAUAGAAUGCAGGCGAGUGCUUCAAUGGACGUAUGCGUAUGGCUAUUAUCUCGAGGACAAGGUCAAGAGUGGAUUUUUUGAGUAUCUGCAAGGUGAAGCUGAGUCUGGUUUGGAACGUCUCCAUCAGUGUGCUGAGAAAGACCUGCUAGCGUUUUUGCCAUUCUCAAAACAUGAUACUACUGAAGAUCAUCCUUCACCAGCUGAAUUUGGUGAAUUCCGUGUGAAGCUUGCUGGUCUGACAAGUAUAACUCGGAAUUACUUUGAGAACCUUGUUCGAGCAUUGGAAGAUGGGUUGGAGGAUGUCCAAUGUGCCGGAGAGGCUGCAACCUCAAGCAAGGCCACCAACUCGAAGAAAGCAGGAGCUAAAGGCAAAGCGGCGAAGAAGCAGCCGUCCAGAUCAUCUUCGGACCAUUCUGAUGAUACUUGGCCAUGCGAGCGCUGCACAUUUCUGAAUCCCUCUUCAGCGGAUGCGUGUACUGCCUGUGAUAAGCAGCGGUACUAG